GAUCCAAGUGAUAAUUAUCUAUUAAAUAUCAACACAUUUCUAGUUAUUCGGCGUCAUUGUCCGGAACCUUACGGAUGCCACAUCCCUAUCGGAGAACUGAAAGCGUUACUCCAGUGACUUCCGGCUCUUGUUGGACUGGCUCUUUGAAUCGAGAUUGUGUGUUUUGGUGUUUAAAUGGCAGAAUUGUUGAAAGCGGACUCGCGCUGUUUGUCCAGAAGAACUCUAUAGAGUGAGCUACAGGAUCCGUUGCUCUUCUCUGUACUAUGUUCAAAAAGAUGAGUGAAUUUGGUCCAGAUUCCGGGGGGAGAGUGAAGGGAGUGACGAUCGUGAAACCCAUCGUGUUGGGAAACGUCGCCCGCUACUUCGGGAAGAAGAGGGAGGAGGAUGGACACACGCACCAGUGGUCUGUGUACGUGAAGCCCUACAGGAACGAGGAUAUGUCGGCUUAUGUGAAGAAGAUCCAGUUCAAGCUGCAUGAGAGCUAUGGUAACCCACUGAGAGUGGUGACGAAGCCUCCAUAUGAGAUCACAGAGACGGGCUGGGGCGAGUUCGAGAUCAUCAUCAAGAUCUUCUUCAUCGACCCCAAUGAGAGAUCUGUGACUCUGUACCAUCUAUUGAAGCUGUUCCAGUCAGACUCCAGUGCCAUGCCCAAGAAGACGGUUGUCUCUGAAUUUUAUGAUGAAAUGAUCUUCCAGGAUCCCACAGCCAUGAUGCAGCAGCUCCUGACCACAUCAAGACAACUCACACUGGGGGCAUACAAGCACGAGACAGAGUUCAGUGAGCUGGAGCAGAAGACCAAGGAGAAGAUGGAGACGGCGAAGAAACGAACCAGUCAGGAGAUCGCAGAGCUGAAAGACAAAUUAAAAGCCAGCAGAGAAAACAUCAACCACCUGAAGGCGGAGAUCAGGAAGCUGGAGGAGGAUGGAGACCACAAGGAGCACUGAAAAAGGGACAAGUGUGAACAUGAAUGACAUUCAGCAGGGCUCCUGGUUUCCUCUGUAAUUUUAUAGAAUUGAUGCAUUGUUUUGAAUUGUGUUGUGCUAAAAGGAGCUGUUAAAAAUUCUGACAUUUUC